AUGAGAGUUCGUGGCAAUUCUCUCCCAUGGAUUACCUCGAAAGUAAAGGAGUUAAUGCGGGAGAGAGAUUUUCACAAAAAGAAGGCCGUAAAAAAUAAUUCGAACAUGCACUGGAUCAAGUUUAGAGCAAUUAGGAAUAAAGUCAAUUCUGAAUUAAAGAAGGCUAAAAAGAACUACUUUUGCAAUAAAAUUAAAGAUUGUGUCAGGGUAAAGGACCCUAAGCAAAGUUGGAAAUUAAUAAACAAUCUUUUAGGCAAAAAUAAUAAAUCAUAUAAUAUUUCUCAACUUAAAGUUGAAGACGUUAUUAUUUCUGACGACAUAAAGAUAGCCGAGUACUUUAAUGAUUUUUUUGUGAAUAUCGGAGCUAAACUAGCUAACGAAAUCGAGAUCAAUUCCACUGAUUUCACUUCAUUACAAAGUGUUCCUUCUAGGCCAGAUAUUCAGUUUAAGUCCUCUGAAAUAAGUACACACGAAGUGUGUCUUCAGUUACGCAAUCUUAAAACAUCAAAAUCAACAGGUAUUGAUACAAUUCCAGCAAGAGCACUUAAAAUUGCUGCUGAAAUAAUUAGUCCGUCACUAACGUGGAUAUUUAAUUUAUCAAUUAAAACUGGAAUUUAUGUGGAAGAAUGGAAAAAGGUUUGGGUUUUACCGAUAUAUAAAUCUGAAGACAGACAAAAAUGCGAAAAUUAUCGUCCAAUUUCCAUUCUACCAAAUAUAAGUAAAAUCUUUCAACGUUUAGUCUUCAACCAAUUAUACAAAUAACUAAAUGAAAACUCCCUGCUUUCUAAGUAUCAAUCCGGCUUCCGUCCAAAGAACUCAACUUUGUCUGCACUUAUUCAAAUGUGCGAUGCCUGGUACACUAACAUGGUUAAUGGAGACUUGAGCGGUGUUGUUUUUCUUGAUAUUCGGAAAGCGUUUGACUCAAUUAACCAUAAUAUUUUAUUGCGUAAAAUGAAAGAACAAUUUGGAGUUUCAAAUAUCGAAUUAAAAUGGUUUGAAUCCUACAUUUCUAAUAGGGAACAAGUGUGUUUUGUCAAUGGCACGAUGUCAACACCUAGAAAUCUCGUUUGUAGAGUUCCUCAAGGGUCUAUUUUAGGCCCACUUCUAUUCCUGCUUUAUAUUAAUGAUCUCCCAAAUAAUCUCAAGAAUACAAUCCCGUGCUUAUAUGCUGAUGAUACACAGAUUUUUUCAUCUGCUAAUGACUAUCAGCACCUUGUCUUCAAUUUGAACAGUGACUUGAUUAACAUAAGUCAAUGGCUCAAACAAAACAAAUUGCAACACCAUUCAUCCAAAACUAAAUUAAUGUACGUAGGAUCGAAACAUAAUCUCCAUAAGAUAAAUAAUGACAUUCCUGUAAUGUUAAAUGGUCAACCAAUUCCUAGGGUAACCUCAAUACCGUGUUUGGGCGCCACCCUUGUUGAAACGUUGAGUUGGGAUGAGCAUAUUGACGUAAAGUUGCAGCAGGUAUUGGAACGUUAAGGCGCAUCAAGCCAUUCGUUCCUAUAAACAUGCUGCAAUCAAUCUAUAGCGCUUUGAUACAACCCUACUUCGAUUAUUGUUCUCCCCUUUGGGACACUUGUAACAAAACAUUAAAAGACAAAUUGCAGAAGUUUCAAAAUCGAGCAGCUAGGAUAAUAGCUGGUGCUGGUUAUGAGAUCAGGUCUGCUGACGUUCUUCAAUCUCUUGAAUGGGACAAUUUAGAAUCUAGAAGAAAAUUAACUAAGGCAACUCCUGUCUAUAAAAUUCUAAACGACCAUAGUUCGCCGAACCUGAAAGAGUUUUUGAUAAAAAGGAAUAUUUUGCAAACGACUUACGAUCUCAGAAAUGCUCAGAAUGAUCUGGCCGUUCCUAAGCCAAGACGCGACUCUCUGAAAAAGAGUUUUCGAUAUAGUGGUGCUAAACUAUGGAAUGAUCUUCCUGGUGAAGCUAAGGAAGCCCUAUCAAUAUGUUCUUUUAAAAAUAUUGUAUGGCAAAGUAACUAACCUAAUAUUAAUUUAAAUGGAUUAUUACAGACAUAUUUAUAUGGCCAAAUCACACCAAACCACCAACUCCUUUUUAAACCAUUCUAAUUAAUUACUAUAUAUAUUGCAUGUAUUUGUACUUAUAUUUGUCCUUUUUGUAAAUAGUUUUUGUAAAUUUUCAAAUGUCGACGCCCCUUGUGGAAAUCAACUCUCUUUGUUGACAAGGCUAGCGUCUUUAAAUAAAUUUUUACAUACAUACAUACAUACAUACAUACAUACAUACAUACAUACAUACAUAGCCAGUUCUUAGCGAACCAUUUCUGGCGCCGAUGGUUGAGUGAGUACAUUGCGCAGUUAAUAAAGCGAAGCAAAUGGGAUGUUGCACACAGAAAUCUACGUCGCGGCGACCUUGUCUUGAUCUCUGAGAAGGAUGGACCUCGUUCGCAUUGGAGGCUCGGAAGAGUGAUUGCACCGAUUGCAAGUGAAGACAGACUGAUCAGAUCCGCGGUGAUUGCAACGAUAUCGUGA